CUGCUCCAGACCAGCUGACUGUUAACUCAGUGGACACCACAUCAGCUGCUGUUAGCUGGAGCCAGCCACCAGGAUUGGACCAAACCCAACAUCAUUAGCAGGUCUCCUACCACUGUCCAGGGACAGAACCACACAUCACUACCACGUCUUCACCCAGCAUCACUCUCUCUGACCUGCAAGGUAGUACUCAGUACUCUGUCUCUGUCUGCACUAUGCUGGAAGAUGGAAGGCAAAGUCAACUGGUGUCAACAACCCUCACCACAAGAUCCUAUCUUAUGGAGCUGUUGUCAAAGACUGGACUAGAAGAUCAUUAUGAAAACAAGCUGACGUUAAGUACUGUCCUUGAGAUAAAUGCUAAUACUACAUCAGAUGAACCUCUUACCACUAUGCAGUCACUUCCAGGGGCCUUCCUUAAGAAAUUAAUGAUGGCAAAUCUGAAUGCAAGGAGUGUAAAAUGUAUGUCCUCUGAUGCAGGUGUUUCAUUUUGGGGAACAGACCGUUUUGAGAAUCUAAAAAGUGACUCUGCCAACAGAAAUGUAAUUAAUCCACUGGACCUGAUAACAGCCCUGUUUCUGUGCUCAGAUGGUUUCCUGCAGCAGGAAAUGGUCCAGAAAAUGUCCAUGUGUCAGUUUGCUGUUCCUCUCUUGCUGCCCAACUGUGACACAAAAGAAAGCACUUUGAUGCUGUGGGCCUUAAGGGACAUAGUGAAGAAGUUUAGACUCUCUUCCCAAACAUCCACAAAGGCUUUUGUGGAGGAGAGAAUUGUACUCUCUGAUAUUCCCAUGGUGUCCUUUGUUAGGUUAGGGGAGAUUAGAGUGUCCAAGUCUCAGAUCUUGAACAAACUGCUUAGUAACCCUCAGCAGUACCAUGACACAUUUGUUCAUCAUGAUAUGGAAUGUGGUGACAUCACUCAUAGAAUCUCAGAUGGUCUGGUUGAAAUCAGCUGGUACCUUCCAUGUGGGAACAGAAACAUCGACAUCUUCACUAAGCCUAUGGUGGUGGCCAAUCUCAGAGGAGACAUCAGGUCCUUUGAAAAACAGUUCUCCUUUCUGUGUCAAACAUCAGCUGCAGUUUACAUUUUCACUGAUGAUUUAAAGGCAUAUCUCAAUUUGUUGAAAAGCAAAAACACAAAAGCAGAGUUAUUUCUGGUCGUCAACUCUCAAAGAAAAUCGUUCAGUGUAGACACAUUGAAACAAAUGAUCACAAAUGGCAGUAUCAAUGACCAAAAUGUGAUUGUGAAGAAUAAGAAAAACGAUGCAGAAUUUGUCAAAACCCUGCAAUCAUCUGUUGGUGACGUCAUUGAAAAAAGUCCAGACCGGUUGACAGUGGAAAACAUGACUGACGUGGCUCGUCACAUUGGGAUUUUGGUUGAUGAAGACCGUGAUGAAUGUCAGAGUGCCAGGAAGAGAGCAGAUGAAAUCACCAGGAACAUCACAGACACAGUCAAAUUCAAAGACAAACUACCCUUACAAGGGCAAAUCUGGAAAGAGCUUUCCCAGUUGGAGAAAGAGAGGUGUAGGCUUAGAAAAGCAGGGGAUCAAGACAUUGAACACUACAUGAGCUCUCUGAAUAAAACGAAGGAAGAGUUGAAAGGGAAGCAACAUACAUUUGACAUGUCAGAUGCCAUGACAAGCUUCAUUUUAGGAAUGUCAAGAUCAGGACCUGAGCGUUCCUAUUUCCUCAAAUGGAGGCCGAUAAAUCUGGACAAUCUGUCACCGAAGAACCUGUCUGGUUUGAGGGACCGGUACAAAGAUCUUUGCCAAUAUUCUCCGGAGAGAAAAGACGACAUUAAAGAUUUGGAUAAGCAAUUAUCUGACUGUUCCUUAGGUCUUGAACACUUCCUGCGUGAGUUGGGCCAGUUAUAUGAAGCUGCCUGCUCCCUCCCUGAAGACAGCCCUCAAAGGAAACAGAUGGAGCAUCUCCCUGGAUUGUGUGCUCAGAUGCUGUUGGAUGGUUUCCCCGUUGAGCUUGUGGAUGGAGAUGCAUCAAAUAUCCCUCUGAAAUGGAUAUCAGCUGUUCUGACUCAGCUUCAUACUCUUGUGGACUCUAACAGCAAGAUCCUUGUUGUCUCAGUUUUAGGGGUCCAAAGCACAGGGAAGUCCACUCUCUUCAACACCAUGUUUGGAGUCCAGUUUGCUGUCAGCAGUGGAAGAUGCACCAGAGGGGCCUUCAUGCUACUGAUUAAAGUCAACAAAGAACUCAAGGCGGAGCUGAAAUGUGACUUUAUCAUGGUGAUUGACACAGAGGGGUUGAAAUCACCGGAGUUGGCUCAACUAGAUCAUAGCUAUGAACAUGACAAUGAACUGGCAACACUGGUGAUUUGACUCAGUGAUGUCACU